GCUCACAAAUGAGCUAUUGAAGUCUAUGUGCACAAAUUUUUGCAGAAGAGAUGAAGUUUGGGAAAGAAUUUGCUUCACAAAUGGUGCCAGAAUGGCACGAAGCAUACAUGAAUUACAGCUAUCUCAAAGGAAUUCUCAAGGACAUAUUACGGAUCAGGAAGCGAAAUGCACCAUCGGCGGCAAUGGCAUCCACCCCAAAGGGGUCUCUGAAGAGAAAGUUAACUCUGUACAGAGCCUUUAGUGGGCUUACAGGUCGACAAAGAGGUUUGACGACGAAUAGCAAUGACGAUGAGGUUAUGCUUGUUCGUGAAGAGGAGAAAGAAGGGUCAGAAAGGUUGUAUCAGACAAUGUUCCUCAAGUCUGCUGAGGUUGGAGAACUAGAGGCUUUGUUUUUCGGGAAGCUAGAUGCUGAGUUCAACAGGGUCCAUAACUUCUACAGUAUGAAGGUGAAGCAAGUCAUGGAAGAGGCAGAGGAGUUUAAUAACCAAAUGAAUGCCCUUAUUGCUCUUAGGGUGAAGGUGGAUGAAGUGGGAGGUUUCAGAAAUCUUGACAGUAGUGGUCCCUCAACUUCGAGUACCAUGGAACAUCACGUGAAUGAUGAAAGUCCUAGUAAGUUCCAUCCCCACUUGAAUGUGAUUCAAGAAAUUGAGAUGAGCAGUGAAAGGCAAGCAGAAGAUGAAAGCGGAAAUCAUGCAGAACAAGCUACUUCUAAGUUAAGGAUUCAGGGCUUUAUACCACCUUCAUUGAGGAUCCUGGAUCAUGUCAAAAUCAACCUUGUUGAACCUGAAACUCCAGUAUCAACAGUAAAAGGGCUCCUCCCCUGUUCGACAACUGAAUUGUCAUUCAGCAAACAAGAGCUAAGGAAGGCAGAGGAACAGCUAAGCAAGGCCUUCAAGGAGUUUUAUAAUAAGCUUCGGCUUCUAAAAUUCUAUAGCUUCUUGAACCUGUUGGCAUUUUCAAAGAUCAUGAAGAAGUAUGACAAGAUCUGUUCAAGGAAUGCAUCAACGGAGUACUUAAAAAUGGUAGACAAUUCUUUUGUUGGCAGCUCUGAGGAGGUUAAUAGGCUCAUGGAAAGGGUGGAAGCUGCCUUCAUAAAGCAUUUUUCAAAUGGGAAUCACAGAAAAGGAAUGAAAAUAUUGAGACCUACGGCUAAAAGAGAGCGACACAGAAUUAUAUUUUUCUUGGGGCUACUUACUGGUUGUUCAAUUGCUCUCAUGGUGGCCCUAAUCAUAAUUAUUCAAGCGAGAGACAUUUUAAGCAAUUUAAAUAUAGAGGGGCAAAAUGAUUAUAUGGAAAACAUAUUCCCUCUUUACAGUUUAUUUGGAUUCAUAAUCUUGCAUAUGCUCAUGUACUCUGCAAAUAUAUACUUCUGGCGUCGUUUCAAAAUCAACUACUCGUUCAUAUUUGGCUUCAAACAAGGGACAGAGUUGAGUUACAGAGAAGUUCUUCUUCUUAGUUCGGGCCUUGCAGUGCUCACAUGGGCUGCAGUACUCACAAACCUGGAUGUGGGGAUGGACACAAGAACACAAAGUUUCGCAGUAUUUACAGAAUUAGUUCCUCUAGGUCUUCUUCUUGUUUUGAUUAUCAUCACAUUUUGCCCCUUCAACAUCAUAUAUAAAUCCAGCCGCUUCUUUGUUAUCCAUUGUAUGUUUCAUUGCAUCUGCGCUCCGCUUUACAAGGUUACCCUCGCAGAUAAUAUGUUGGCAGACCAGCUUACCAGCCAGGUGCAGGCCUUCAGAAGUUUGGAAUUUUAUGUUUGUUACUAUGUGUCUGGAAACUUCAGGACGAGAAAAAACAAGUGCCUCGAAAAUAAAGUAUAUGAAACAUUUUACUUCAUUGUAGCUAUUAUUCCAUUCUGGAUCCGUUUCCUCCAGUGCCUUCGACGAGUGGUUGAGGAGAGAAAUGCAAUGCACGGGCUUAACGGGCUUAAGUACAUGUCAACAAUAUUUGCCAUAGCCACAAGGACUGGUAAUGAGUUGACAUUGAACGAAGUAGCGACGUGGAAAAUUUUGGCUGCAGCUUCUUCAGGCGUUGCUACGAUUAUGAACACAUACUGGGACAUUGUAAUAGAUUGGGGUUUGCUGCGACGAGAUUCAAGAAACCCGUGGUUGAGAAAUAAACUCUCGGUUUCUAACAAAAGUGUAUACUUCGCCGCUAUGGUGUUGAAUGUUUUGCUGCGACUUGCUUGGAUGCAAUCAGUUUUAGGGGUUACACACGCCCCUUUCCUGCAUAGAAAAGCCUUGACUGCUCUGGUGGCUUGCUUGGAGAUCAUUCGCCGUGGCAUUUGGAAUUUCUUCAGGUUGGAGAACGAGCACUUAAACAAUGUAGGGAAGUAUCGGGCAUUCAAGUCAGUGCCCCUUCCAUUUAACUAUGAAGGUGACCAACAGCACACUGCCAUAUAAAUUGUAAACAUAUACGGUAAAGAGAAAGAGGCAGCCAUGAAAAUACAGCGAUCAGGAAAUCAGAAGGAAAAUAGCAAGGAUUCCUUUGCUACCAAAUGGAUAUAUGCCAAUGUUAAGUCUGGAAUAUGCAGCAACUAGUGGCUUUUUGUCCCCCAGAAUAGUGACAAAACUGCUUAAGGAUGAUCUGAGAACUGGGGAAACCCCAAUCUCAGACAUAAUCCAUUACAAUAGUUUGAUUCCGUGCUGUAUUGAGGUUUUUCUUUUUUUUGGGUGAAAAGCAUUGAGGUAUUUCUAAUUUAAAUUGAUGAAGGUUAAUGUUAUUUGUUGUUAACAAA